AUGUUUUGUGGUGGAUGCAAUUUACACUUCGCAAUGAUUUGUCCUACAGUCUUGUUUUUGACUUCAAUUUCGUAUAUUUUUAUUUUUACUUGUUUUGAAGUUACUAACAAUAUAUAUUAUUCAGUUUCGGGAGUAUUAAUACUAUUCUUUCUAGGUGGACUCGGCAUAGUUCGUUACGCUGAAAAAGAUGUUGUUGCAGCUCCAAAUUCAGAUUUUAUUUCAACAAUUGGUCCUCAAACUGUUGAAUGGUGUCAUCCUAUAUAUCAAUACUUAUUUGGUAUGAGAUCCUCACAAUUAUCAUUGAAUUUGGCUGUUCUUUUGUUUUAUUUACUUUAUCAUUCCCAAAAAACUUCAUCAAGGCAACAUGAAUACUGUCUUAUAGGCGAAAUAUUAGGAUUAUUGAUUCCUACACAGUUCCAGACUUUUGUUUCAUGCUUAAUUUAUUUUAUAUUUUUCAUUUUGCAAACAGAACGUUUUGAUAAGAAGAAAACAUCACUUAUGGCUAUUCUUUUCUGUUUGUCAUUCGCAGCAACGUCAUCUCUUCCAUUUUUGCAGUUUAUUAUUCCAAGAGAGACAAAUAUACCUUUAAUCAAAUUUGGAGAGAUAAAUAACAAAUACAAAACAGAAGGGAUAUCAUUUCCUUUACUAAGAAUGUGGUUUGAAAGAUUUGGAAUUGGAAUUUUUAUUCCAUUCGGAAUAAUAUUUGUUGAUGGAUAUCUAAGAGCGUCAUUGAUAUCAUCAUUUAUUACAUUUUUAAUUGGUAACUAUAUGACGUUCACAAUUUUAACACAAGAUAAUAUUAAUUAUUUUUAUCCGAUUUGUGCUCAACAGAUUGCAAUAACAGUAAUUUAUUCAUUUGUUUAUCUUAUUAGACAUGAAAAAGAUGAAGAAAAACAAGGAUAUUAUAUUGGAUUUUCAAUUUUAAUAAUUUUCUUUUUAACAAUAUCAGCUUUAUAUGGUUUUCGCAAACAAUAUGGACAUUCAAGGUCAUUUUGUGAUAAGCAAUCAAUUACUGCAGCGAAAUGGAUAAAUAAAAACAUUCCUAAAAAAGCUGUUUUUGCUGCAGCUCCUGAUGAACUUUCUCUUGUUCUUGUUUUGUCUGGAAGAGUGUUGUAUACAAGUACUCCAAGUUUAAUUGACUCUGCUUCAUUUAAUUGUACAAACAGAAGAGAAGAAAUGGUAGAUUUGAUCAAAGAUCCAACAAAUAAAACAAUUGUUCCAAAAAUAGAAUACGUAUUUCAUACCAUUGUUGAUAACUACAAAAUAGAUGAUGACGUAGGGAAAUGGACUGUUGCAUUCCAUAAUCAGGCUUAUACAAUAUAUAAGAGAAACUUAGAAUAUAAGAAGCCAAAGAAACGCUGA